AACUCGUCAUUUGAGAAACUCUUGGACAUUUGGUGUUCAGUUGGUUAAUGUGUCACCCACUUUAAAUAUUACGACUAACAUAUGGAUCGUGCUCAGUUUAAUGUUGUUAGAUGGUACAACAGUAAGGUAAUAAUAAUAGUUUCAGUCUUUGUUUAGGAAUGUGACUGAUCACAUGAUUAGUGUCAUAUGACAUUGAUGAGCGCUCGAAAGAGGGAAUGAGAACAGAAAUCUUCAACAGUUCCCAAUAAUACACUCUUUUAGUAAUACUGUCGUCUACUGUGAUGAAUUCAGACGGAUAAACAGAUGUGGGGACUCCUGAAGUAAACCGCUGGAUCAUGGAGCGUUUGGGAGUUUUGUCUGUUUUCGCCAUCGCUUGUGUUUUGGGAGUGGUGAUGAGUCAGACUACACUCAGUCCUGCUGUGACGAUCACCACAGUCAGUGCAAACAUAACCACUGCCGCUCCCAGCUGCUCCGGCCUCAACAUCUCCACCUGCAAGGCCUGCACUCCUGGCUCUUAUUAUGAUAAUGAAACUCUGCUGUGUUCUUGCUGUCCUGAGGCAGGCCUGUGUGUGUCACCUGGAGCCUGUCGUCUGUGCGCCCAGGGUUUCUACCAGCCUCUAGCAGGACAGCAGGGGUGUCAGCCCUGUUUAUCUGGGUUUUAUAGCAAUGUCACUGGAAGCCCUGUCUGCCAGCCAUGUCCUAAUGGGUCCUACAGUAAUAACACAGGCUCUGUGUCCUGUUCGGCCUGUGCACCAGGUUUCUACACAUCUUUGCAAAAUUCAACAUCAUGUAACCCGUGUCCACAAGGCACGUACUGCAAUUCCUCCAGCUGUAGUCAGUGCCGGGUCUGUCCUGCAGGCUCAGAGGCUCUACAGACCGCUUCCAAAGAAUGCAUGCCUUGUCGUCCAGGAAUGCACAAGCCUUCCCAUCAAACCAUGUGUCAGAUUUGCAGCAGUGGUUUUUAUCAGAUCCACUGGGGCCAAGAGAACUGUGACCUAUGUCCUGAAAACCACUACUGCCCUAGUCCUGAUGUAAAUCCAAUCCAGUGUCCCGCUGAUGCGUUUUGUCCUGAGGGCAGCACGGCCCCAGGUUACUGCAUGGAGACCUUCUUCAGAAAGGCAGGGGAGACGUGUGAACUUGCUCCUGUUACUAUUGCACUGCUUGUUAUUGGUGGAGGAGUGGGUCUUCUCUUCAUCAUCAUUUUGGUUCUGCGGAGGAAAAGAGAUAAUGACAGCGAGCUUUCCCUUGCUCGGACGCCCCUCCUGCGAAAAGAUCGCCCGCCUAGUCGCUUCUACGGAAUCCCUUGUGAUGCAGAGCCUGUUUACGCAGGCUGGUGACAUUACUGUGUACAUCGACCUGUUUUCAGCUGCACAAAUUUUGUAUGAAAGUUUCUGUUUAGAACUUAAAACCAUUCUAAGCUUUAUCUUGGUAACUAUUAAAUAUUUAAAGAAUGAAGACGCACUUUUCUGCAUUCCAUUUUUAAAAUCUGUUUACUACUGACUAUGUUGUGGAGUUACAUCUCUUUUGAUUCUGACUGCUUUUCAAGUCUUGAAAGUGUGAGAAACCAUUCAGUGUUUUGGGGGGGUGGGUUCUUUUGUAUAAAUUUUUGCACCGGAUAUUAUGUUAAGCCAUGGCACUGAAAGACUUUUGGACUAAGUUGCUGGAUUAUGCUUAUUUUGUUCACAGAUGUUUGAAUGUGUUUUUGGUACCACUACAUUUGUCUACCUAGGGUCCUUAAAGUAUAUUGUAUUAUAUAAAUUUGCAGUAUUUCUUGUAUUUAACAUGUGCUGUGUCACAUAUUACUUUUAAAACAAAAUAUUUUGGACCAUUUCCAAGGUUGUAAACUGGAAUAAACAGCUUUUCACAAC